AGAUGCUGUACAGUGCACUGUAUGUCCGCCAUUCACUGUAACCGUAUUUGCACGAUAGUAACCGGCAGUAGCUGGGUUUGUUACAUAAUAGACCUUCUCGGCAAAUCUCUUCAAGGCUGCCCCGUUAGACGCGGAUUCGAGCUCUCCUAAUGCUUAACCGGCGUCGGUUGUUAUAAUUAUUUUGUUGUUACGGCUAUGUUGAAUGACAUGCUUUCCUAAUUGACAACACCGCACAUCGCUAUAAUAGCACAUAAGAAUCAAUUGGAUGUGCGAUAACUUUUGCUGGUGAAUUAAUUUGAUAGUAUUUGUAUUUUGGGGACGGAAGUGGGAUUCGCUGCAUAUAGACAGACCCGGUCCAUGCCGAGGAUAACAUGAGAAAGUUCAUCUCCAGUGUUCUUGUGACUGCUCUUUGUUCCGCUCUAUUCGGUCUAUGGAAUUCCGGUUCCGCUCUCGAGGGCGCAACACCGGAACCCCGUAACGCUCAGCCUCUUCCUGCUCAACCUCAGUCCCUACUAAACCCCGUAAACCAGAAUGGGCUGCCGCCAAACUUCAAUCCUUUCGCGGCGAAUAUGAUUAAGGCCGCCCGCAAUCCGCCCACGAAUCUCCUAAAACAAUACUCGUCGGGCGGCAGCUACGGCAUGAUCGGCAACUCCUACUCACAGCCAUCCUACAGCAGCGGCGGAUCGUACGGAAACAGUGGCAGCUAUGGAGGUGGCGGCGGCUAUGGUGGUGGUGGCGGCUACGGGUCCGGACUGGGCAUCGGAAGUGGGCUGGGCUUGGGACUGGGCAGUCUCGGUCUGGGUCUGGGCGGCUUAACCGGCCUCGGAGGAUUAGGCGGCAUCGGAAGCAGUUUGUACGGUUCCAGUCUGCUGGGCCUAGGGGGACUGAGCUCUCUAGGUGGUCUGGGAGGACUGGGAGGACUCAGCAGUCUGGGAGGUCUGGGCGGCUUGAGCACACUGGGCCUGGGUGGUCUCGGUGGUCUAGGCGGUCUCAGCAGCCUCGGACUGGGCGGGCUAGGGCUCGGGAGCUACGGUGGUAUCGCGCCCGCCGCCGGACUAGGCUAUGGCAAUAUGGGCUACGGUGGUGGUGGUGGAUACGGUGGUGGCGGCUACGGUGGCGGUGGUUACGGUGGUGGCGGUUACAACAGUUACGGAUCCAACGGAGGCGGUAAUGUCAUCAUGGGAACACCGGUGGCCUAUGGCAGCGGGUCCAAUGUCAUUGUCGGCACACCGGUCAGUGGAAGCAAUGGAAAUAUUAUUGUCGGUACACCCGUUUCCGGGACCACCGGAAGUAACAUUGUCGUCGGCACACCGGUCACCGGUUCCACGACCGGCAACGUGGUGGUAGGCACGCCGGUUACCGGUACCACCGGGAACGUUAUUGUCGGUACGCCCAUCAGCGGCACUGGAACCGGCAAUAUCAUCGUCGGCACUCCAAUCGGAUCCACCGGGUAUGGAAGCUUUGGUGGAAAUAUGUAUGGGAACACGGGUGGUUACGGGGGAUAUGGAUCAAUCAAUUCUGGUUACGGGUCGUACAACUCGUACAACAUGCUACCAUCGGCAUCCAGCGGCGUAUACGGCUUGACCUCGGUCCCGGCCGGCAGCAACGUUAUUGUGGGCACGCCUAUUUCCGGGACGGGGACCGGUGUGGCAACGGCAUCUAACACGCUAAUCGGCACCCCGCUGGGCUCGUCUACGCCACCGACGGUUAUUGUUGGUGCACCAUCCGGAUUAGUCAACAGCGUGGUGUCGGCCAACACUAUCACGGGCACGGUAACCGGCACAAACACCAACGAUCCCUGCACCAACUCCCAAGGUCCAACGAUUAACGGGCCGUUUGCCUUCCCGCUCAGCGGAUGCAGCACGAUCUUCAGUGCAAUUGCACCAGAUACACCGGUGGGAACGGUGACCGCCACUGGUGGGAUUGCACCGUUGAGUUGGUCGAUUGUCGGUGCCAGUCAAAUGACGAUAAACGCGGCCACCGGUCAACUGGUUGUCAACAUGCCGCUUAUCGCGGGACCGUAUAGUGUUGUCGUGCAAGUGCGGGAUGUCUGUGGUCGACUCAGCACAAAUACAGUCACCGUGACGGUUACUUGUCCUUAAUUUGCAGUGAAGUGGGUGUCUUUUUGUUACUUUAAUUUAUUUGUUA